UAAAACGUCGAAGGGUAGCGGAAGGUGUAGGAGGAGGCAGAUAUCCGUCUGAAACCGAGCAAUUGAAAAUAAGGAUCGGCGGAGCGGGCUGCUUUACGGCUACCAGCGGGAUUGGAUACACGAUCAGCACGCGGCGGCUGUUGACUCGAUACAGCGUUGUCUUGACGUUCGAUUGGAACACGGACAAUCACCGGGCAACAUUCGAUCUCAGUGCGCAUGCGCUUUCCUCCCGGGCCACGCUCGAACCACCGCCCGCUGAUUGGGCCUGCUCAUCGGAAGAUCGCGGAAGGCGGCCAGCGGAUUGGUGGGUUUCAGUCGGAUUGAUGCUGCGGAUGGCUCUUGUUGCUUAUGUGUGGCAGCUCGGCAGCUUGUUGCGUCGAGCUGCUCAGCGCCAACAUUCUGUAGCUGUACCCUGGUUUUCUGGAUAUACUGGACGAAGGAUUACAGAAACAAUGCCAGAAAUAAACAUGGACAACCUGGAUGAAAAGCAGGUCCAGCUAUUGGCUGAAAUGUGCAUCCUGAUUGAUGAGAAUGAUAAAAGAAUUGGAGCAGACACAAAGAAAAAUUGCCAUCUUAACCAGAACAUAAAUAGAGGAUUACUUCACAGAGCGUUCAGUGUCUUCAUCUUCAACAGUGAGGGGAAACUCUUGCUGCAACAGAGAUCUGAUGCAAAGAUCACAUUCCCAGGCUGUUUUACAAACACUUGCUGCAGUCACCCUCUGAACACCACAACAGAAAUUGAGGAGAAAGAUGCUAUUGGUGUAAGACAAGCAGCCCAGCGCAGGUUAAAGGAAGAGUUUGGAAUACCUCCACAGCAGGUUCCUCUGGAAGAGAUGAACUAUCUUACACGUAUUCACUACAAGGCUCAGUCUGAUGGAAUCUGGGGAGAACAUGAAAUUGAUUAUAUAAUCUUCAUCCAGAAGAAUGUAACUUUACAACCUGACCCCAAUGAGAUACAGAGUUACUGCUAUGUGUCUAAAGAUGAACUCCAGAACCUUUUGGAAAAGGCAGAAAGCAAUGAAGUGAAAAUCACACCUUGGUUUAAACUUAUUGCUGAAAAGUUUCUUUUUACAUGGUGGGAUAAUCUACAUAAUCUGAAGCAGUUCAUAAAUCAUGAGAAAAUUCAUCGGAUGUAGGUGGCUUUGGACUUUCUGCAUGUGCAGCUGUGUUAAAGAACUAAUUUUCUGCAUGUUAUAAACACAAAUUAGGCACGUAACAUUUUGCACUCUGUUUCCAGUUUAAUAAAAUGAAGUUUGAGCUCAUUUAAGUGAGCACCAUAACUUCAGCCAGCACAUAUUAUAUUUAUCACUUGGGAAUUAGAAUCACUGUCUAAUGUUAACUGUUAAACCAGUUUUUUUUAAAAAAGCAAAUCAUGUAUAUAUUGUAAUUCUGGCAGGUAUUGUUUCAAAGUUUACUAGCUUCGCUGUCUCCAUAUCACCACUAUUUUUAGAGGAUUCAAAUGGCGGAGGUUGGAGAGUAGAAGUAGAGAUCAUGGUGUGCAGUCAAUUUAAAGUUAAUUCUAAUUGGC